AGCGUAGAGUAAACAUGUCUAGACCGUUGGAACUUUCUCUGUUGAUUUCCUUGAUCCGGUUCUUCAUUCUGCUUUGCGACUCGGUUCUCAUGUACAGGUGUAUGUAUAUGAGUAUAAGAAUCUCAAGUCAGGACAAUGUCAGGCCAAUUCAUAUAUCCGCCCCCAAACUCUCAAGAUGUUACAUUAAACUACAAUUAUCGCGACUCCGUGGACGUCAGUUUUCAGACCACAGCCCAAGAUCCGAAUAACACAUUCCUCUCGUUAUGGUAUUAUCUCGAUGGACAGCCGUGGGCCAUAGGAUACAACACCUCCGUCCCCCCCAACGGCACAAUAACCGUCGACCUCAACAUCCUCGACCAACCCUACUACGGCCAAUUCAACUACGAUUUUGACGGCCACAAAGUCGCAUAUCUCAGCUGCUUUUUUAAUGUUGCUCAUAACACGACGCAAAACCCCGUGACUUGGGGUCAGAGUGCGGCGGCGGCUUAUUCGUCGUCGUUGGCGGCUGCUACGUCUACUAUCACUACUACUACUAGUACUACUACUACAUCGGCGGCUUCGAAAGGGACAUCCACAUCGACAUCGACUAGAUCUGCGACGACGGUGGGGAGUCUUGGUUCCGCGGCAUCGGUAAUAUCUUCGCCGUCAAGUACACCGUCUUCUUCGGGAUUGAGUGGUGGUGCAAUUGCCGGUAUUGUCGUUGGUGUUGUUAUAGGUGUUCUCGCCGUUCUGGGUAUGGGAUUAUUUUUCUGGAGACGGAACAGGAAUGGGAAUAAAUCUGCUGAAAUACUUGCGUCCGGAAGUCAGCAUAGUCCUUUGCCUCAGCAACAAGAACUGGAUAAUAACCAGGUGGAGAAGCCUCUUGGAUCGGUGUCGAUGUAUUCGCAUCAUGGAGGGCUGCCGCGGUAUGCGGAGUUGGCUGGGAAUAAUGGGUUGCAGGAAUUGCCGGGUUGACGUGUUGGAAGAUGCAGUGGGAUUGUAUAUAGAGAGUAUGUAUUUAAUGAAUUGGUAAUAUUGGGUGAC